CACUGGCGGCGGCUGUGUGUGUGUGUGUGUGUGUGUGUGUGUUUUCCUGCGUGCGUUCCUCAGCAGUCAGGUGAAGGCGGACGGUGCAUCUCGGACGGCGCUAACCUCCGCUGGGUGUGGACGGAGCCGGGGGGGUGGGGGGUCCCUGCGAGUCCCACUCGGGUGCCGAAUCUCAAAGAGAGAAUCCGGGACGCCGCAGCCUCAUCUUGUGGAUUUUGGGAGCGAGCGCAUCAGCGGGACGCCUUUUUCCUCCGCCCCCACCCCACUCCCGGCCGUGUGGGAAUGCGGGAGACUCUCGGCGGCUGAGCAGACAGCUGGGGGGUAAGGCGAUCCAGAGCCGGCUGGCCAAGGAGCAGGAUCAUGCGUUGCUGUAGCGAUUAAUCCGCCCUGUGAUAUCGCCGCGUGACAACACUCCCCCCCUCCUCCGUCCUCUGCAUCUGGACCCCAACCGCCACUCUACUGCGCCUCGCCUCCUUUCCAGCCGGUUCUUGUUGGUCGGGCAGAGUCCCAAAGGAGAGGGGAUUGUGGAGGAAAGCCGCAGGAUGGUCCGGGAUUUGGGAACGUCCUGUUGUUUCUGCGCAACAUGAAGACGUGACGGGGCGUUCAUGCUGAGGAGAACUGGCCCCGGAUUUUAACUGCCAACCUUUCCUUCCGUGCGGAUGUAGAACCUUCCCUCCCUCGUCUUCUCCGUGCCAUCGCCGAUGUAGAACCUUCCCUCCCUCGUCUUCUCCCUGCCCUCGCCGCCUGAGGUCUUCCCGUGUCAGCGUCCUCCAAGUUGAGAGUUGGGCAGGACUCCGGGGCGGUCAUCCCGCACCCCGCCUGUCCUCGCCAUCGUCCGUCACUCCGGUUCCAAAUUGUUUCUUUGCUCUUCAUGGCGGCCAUCGCCCGCAAUCUGCCUGACCCGGGUUGCCCGUUGCGGGAUUGAGGCCCCAUGAGCCGUAAAGGAGGCCAGGGCAGGAUGAGCGAGUGUUCCGCCGCCACCGGGACCGGGUCGGUCAUCCUGGAGGACCCUGAGGGCUCGGGGGUCCCGGGGGCCGGUGGCGAGGGUCAAGCCCGGGACGGAGGCCCGUUUCGCUGUGCGCUUUGGCCCCGCCAGCAAACGUGGCUUUGCGCCGUGCCCCUGCUCAUCGGCUUCAUCGGCCUGGGGUUGAGUCUGAUGCUGCUCAAGUGGAUCGUCGUGGGAACUGUACGGGAUUACGUGCCGACGGACCUGGUGGAUGCUAAUCGAAUAGGACAGGAUCCCAUUUUCCUCUCCAAGCCCAGCGGGAUUCCCAAAGGUCCUGAGACCACCACCUCAACCGCCGCUCCGACGGGCGACGGCAGGAAUGUUUCACCGACAACGGGGACGGUGGCGAAAGGUAGAACUCGAACCGCUGCUACCACCACCACCGCUAACCCGAGAGGGGGCGCAGCCUCAGGUAGCCUGGCGACCCCUCGCAAUCCUGGAAAUCGUAACGGACGCGUUCCAGUGGGUUUUACGACACCGGCCGCGCCGCCACGGACAACGCUUAGAAACGGGGCGCCGACAUCGAGUCGGUCGCCUUCCAACCCGACCGUACUUCAUGACUCGACUCAGAUGUGGACUUCUGACCACACCACCACCGAGGUCACGACCACCACCACGACUGCCCGCAGGCACGGACACCGCAAAUCACUCAAUGAAGGUUUCCCCUCAUUAGCGUGUAACUCAGGGCAGCUCACAGGAAGUGCGAUGAAAGAAAAACAGGAAGUGGCUAGGCUUAGGUUACCUCUCGGUGACGACCGCUCCCUGAAGUCGGAUCAUGCUCGCGUUUGA